UAUCCUAGGUAUCAUAGGCAAGGUUGAAGGCUUGUGAAGUUAACUCUGAUACAUUUGGACUUAUGAAGUUUGAUAUUAAUCAAUAUUCUACAUUUUGUAUGACAAACCAAAUCAAAUAUGAAGGUCUUCUUUAACAUUCUAUUCCUGGUCACAACUUUCUACUACAGCGAGGCAAAUAAAUUGUGCAAAACUGCAGCAGACUGCAGUGAAAAUGGCCAAAUUGGAAUGCCAGACAAGAUAAAGUGUAUCAAGGGGGAGUGUGACUGGGGAAAAUGCGGGUGCGAGAGGGGAUAUGUACUUCGAUACCUUGGUUCUGAAAAACUGAUGCAGUGUGUGCCAUUAAAAAAAGUAGGGGAAUCCUGUUCUACCUUUGAUGAAACUGGUACAUGUGGUGCUGCCAACUCUGAGUGCAAAGAUGGCCAAUGUACCUGUCAAUCAGGCUAUGUGAAGAUGUGGGGAGGGGAGCACUGUGGUGACCCCAACCAACUGAUGCCAUCAGAGGGGGUCACAGCAGGAGACACAUGUACUAGAGGAUUUUAUUGGAAUCGUACUUUGUCAGCUACUCCUCGAUAA